AUGAGAAGGAUUAAACUUAUGCCUUGUGAUCAAGAAUCGUCCUCCUUUUAUAGCUCCGAAGUAGAUCGCAACCUCCUCCGCGUAUCUCGUCCACGUGCAACUACCGAUCCCGCUAUUUCCGGAUCUGAACGAUCAAAGCGAGAUUCUCGUUUGACCCGUUCAAACUCAGCUUGCGGACUUGACUCCGUCGAGCUAGAGCUCGACUUCGUCUUCACAAGUAGCUCGGACAGUAAACAGCUGGAUUUUGGACAAGGAUAUUUGGUGGGCUCGAGGUCAUUUUACUGGGCCUGA